AUGAGCUGCAGCUACCUCCUGUGCACCAUCCUCCUCUUCGUCGCCGUCCUCCUGGCCGUCACGGUAACCGGCACCAUCCUCUUCAUGAAUCACUACCAGGCCCCGCCCAUGUCCGACGGCCCGCCCCACAUCUCAACCAAUCCGGACGAGGCCAACGCCCUGGUGACAGUGGAGAGGGGUGACGGCUCGCGCAUCAACAUCUUCAUCGACCCCAACUGUCCCGACUACAACGGGAACUUCCUUCGCCUGGAGGGGGUGCAGACAUCGCUGCUUCACUCGCUGAGUGACCACGACACCGACCUGAAGUCGGUCAAAGGUCAGGACCGGGCGCUGCUGGUCAACCUAGCUGAGGAGGUGACCAAACUGUCGGCCCACGCUGGUCAGCUGAAGAUGGACUACGAGUCUCUGAGACGAGGCCAGGGGAGUCUGGGGCAGGACCUGAACACACUGCAGACAGAGCAGGGACGCCUCAUACAAGUAAGAUAGUAUACAGUUCAGUACAGACAGGGUUUACAGUAGUUGAUGUUUGUGUGUGUCUGAGGCUGCUUGACAAGGCUCAGACAGUGGAUGAGACAGAGUGAGUGUUGACUGACAGUCUCUCCCAUGUACCUAACACACCAAGGACAUUGAAGCCUGCUUAUCAUCACCUAAACCUGUGAGGGAGACACACGCACACACACACAAACACACUCACAAGCACACACACACAAACAUACACGCACACACACACGCAUGCACAUGCACACACACACACACACACACACACACACACACACACACACACACAAACACACACACAGUGGAGUUAAUUGGAGUCCUCCCUCUGGCCACUACAGUAACAGACCGAAACACUCGGGUUCAGCAAAGUGUAUAGAGACAGAGGCUGUGUCCCAAAUGGCACCCUAUUCCCUAUGUAGUGUACUACUUUUGACCAGAGCCAUAUGGGCCAUGGUCAAAAGUAGUACACUACAUAUGGAAUAGGAUGCCAUUUGAGAUGCACAAGAGACUGUGUGAGUGUGUUCUUGUCUAGCUAAAAAACCUAUUAACCAAUACUGGUGGGAAAUACCUGACACAUGUCUCAUAUUCUCCUAAUGAAUGCCUGAAUUUGUUUGACUGAGCUUCCUUUAGACGUUUGCACUAAGCCUACCCUCCUGUACUUCUCUCGUUCUUUUCUGUUCCCCUCUCCUUCUCAUUACUUCUUAUCUCACCCUGCCUCAUUGGUGAAACACACCGAGAAAGAAACAAAAUAAUAAAUAAUAAAGCGAGAAAUAAAUAAGAGAGAUAGGAUUCUUCCCUGAGCAGCUGCUCUAGAAGCCGGUGCUAGUUGCUAUCUAGGAACUAAAACCAAGAUAGGAGGAAAGAAGAGAAUCAUCCCGAAGCCUUUGGUGUUCUAGGGUUCUUCUGUUCCUGUGGCUGUUCAGAGCUGGAAAGGCUUUCUCGUAUAUCAAAGCCCAGGUUCAAACCAGACCAGGAACACUGAACACAGGCAACGGAUGGAGGAGGAGCGGUUGGGUGGGAGAGGGGUACAGCAAAGCCACGAUUAAAAAUAGACAUACAGGAGCGAAGGGCUUUGAGUUGUGAAUGUGUUGCUCCCAGCUAGCACUUUUAUUUUAGCAGGAAGAGGGGAUGUGAGGGGAUAUGAGAGUAGUCAUUAUAGUACUGUAUAAGGAAAACGGUAUAUCUGUGUGCCAGGCAGAAGCUAGCAGAGCUAGGAGACCCGAGGCCCUUUCUCAUUUACACUAGCUAACCCAGGAAGGGAAAAGAUCUGCAGGAACGGAACAAAUAUUAUUCUAGUGCUGCAAGUCUUCUUGGGUAUGACGCUACAAGCUUGGCACACCUGUAUUUGGGGAGUUUCUCCCAUUCUUCUCUGCAGAUCCUCUCAAGCUUUGUCAGGUUGGAUGGGGAGCGUCGCUGCACAGCUAUUUUCAGGUCUCUCCAGAGAUGUUCGAUUGGGUUCAAGUCCGGGCUCUGGCUGGGCCACUCAAGGACAUUUGACAGACUUGUCCCGAAGCCACUCCUGCAUUGUCUUGGCUGUGUGCUUAGGGUCGUUGUCCUGUUGGAAGGUGAACCUUCGCCCCAGUCUGAGGUCCUGAGCGCUCUGGAGCAUCUUUUCAUCAAGGAUCUCUCUGUACUUUCUCUGUUCAUAUUUCCUUCGAUCCUGACAAGUUCCCAGUCUCUGCCGCUGAAAAACAUCCCCACAGCAUGAUGCUGCCACCACCAUGCUUCACCGUAGGGAUGGUGCCAGGUUUCCUUCAGGCGUGACGCUUGGCAUUCAGGCCAAAUAGUUCAAUCUUGGUUUCAUCAGACCAGAGAAUCUUGUUUCUCAUGGUCUGAGAGUCCUUUAGUUGCCUUUCGGCAAACUCCAAGCAGGCUGUCAUGUGCCUUUUACUGAGGAUAGGCUUCCGUCUGGCCACUCUACCAUAAAGGCCUGAUUGGUGGAGUGCUGCAGAGAUGGUUGUCCUUCUGGAAGGUUCUCCCAUCUUCACAGAGGAACUCUGGAGCUUUGUAAGAGUGGCCAUCGGGUUCUUGGUCACCUCCCUGACCAAGGCCCUUGUCCCCCGAUUGCUCAGUUUGGCCAGGUGGCCAGCUCUAGGAAGAGUCUUGGUGGUUUCAAAUGUCUUCUAUUUAAGAAUGAGCCCACUGUGUUUUUGGGGACCUUCAAUGCUGCAGAAAUGUUUUGGUACCCUUCCCCAGAUCUGUGCCUCGGCACAAUCCUGUCUCGGAGCUCUACGAACAAUUCCUUCGACCUCAUGGCUUGGUCUUUGUUCUAACAUGCACUGUCAACUGUGGGACCUUAUAUAGACAGGUGUGUGCCUUUCCAAAUCAUGUCCAAUCAAUUGAAUUUACCACAGGUGGACUCCAAUCAAGUUGUAGCAACAUCUCAAUGAUGAUCAAUGGAAACAGGAUGCACCUGAGCUCAAUUUCGAGUGUCAUAGCAAAGGGUCUGAAUACUUAUGUAAUUUUUCUUUUUAAAAUUAAUUUCCAAACAUUUCUAAGAACCUGUUUUCGCUUUGUCAUUAUGGGGUAUUGUGUGUAGAUUGAUGAGGAAAACAUUUAAUUUAAUACUUUCCUAAUGCACUGUAGAUGAGAAUUUAGCAACAACUUGCAAGCAGUAGGUUUGCGGUGGGUUCAGAACAACAAUGACAAAAAAUGUAUACAAAGAAAUAAAUAAAAAAUAUGGGGAAAUUAUACCACCACCAAAAACGGCAUUUUGGAGAGUGGAAGGGCAAAGGGGCAUGUGGGAGAGAAACCAUAGACAAUGUAUAGAGAGAGAAAGGGAAAGAGAGAGAGAGAGCAAGAGAAAGAGCGUAAAGAGCGAGACCAAGAUUGUAGCGGCGAGCGUGUAGUGGGGGCUAAGUGAAUGUGGCGACGGGGGCGGCUUAGCAGAGCAGUGCCACGGCCCUGCAUGAUUUAUUUCCUCUCGGAGCCAAGUCUAACGCUGGUGCUGGCUGGCCGGUCAGUGGUUUAUGUGCAUACAGAUGCUGUUCCUCCCUGACACGUCAGUCUGACUGUCUGGUCUAUGGGCUGCCUGUAGCCAGGGACAAGAUAUAUGGUGACACAGAGCCGCUUGUGCCACGGUUAGUAAUAGCCAUGCAUCACAGAGAGGCCCAGGAGAAUGGUUCCACCUCGCGACACAGAAAGGAACUGUCCCAGAAUGCCCCUGAGGGAGGAGUAAGUAUCACAUUGGACAGGGAUAUGGACCAUCGCAGAGUUAGGAUGCGUGAGUCACUUUGUGUAGAUACAGUUCAACCUCAAACAAUCACUAAUUUGAUGGCCUCCAGAUAGUAUGACCUUUUAAACACACUGACUACUGAUCUCAUAUCAUCUCUGCAUAGAGAACAGUACUCACUCUGUUAAACAUACUCUCUCUCUCUGUUACACACACACACACACACACACACACACACACACACACACACACACACACACACUCUUAAGUGUAGUGUCUCAGCCCAUUGUGAAGCAGCUUUAGAAGGUUGUAAUGAGAACUAAUUAUAUUGUGAUCCAAAUUGAUAUGUCAGUCUGGGCUGCCGACAGCUCUCUCCCCCUCUACCUCACUCUAUAUACCCUUCUCUCUCUCUCUCUCUCUCUCUCUCUCUCUCUCUCUCUCUCCCUCUAGUCUCUCUCUCUCUCUCUCUCUCUCUCUCUCUCUCACUCCCUCUUCUCUCCCUCCCGGCCUCUACAUCCCUCCAUCUCUCUCGCUCCAUCUCUCUCUCCCCCUCUCCCCCCUUCUCUCUCCCUCUUUACUCUUACACACAGAACUCAUUGAAAUCAAGGGACUGAUGACUCAUCCAAUCAUUCACUCAAAAUACGCACUCUCUCUCUCUCACACACACACACAAACACACACACACACAUGGUGUAUACAAAAUCACAUACAAAACCCAAUUUUCCGGUGCUCCCUCUCUCCGCAGUGUAAAAUGGGUCAUCUCCUUGGUGUGUGUGUAGAGGCCCUGUGCCCGUGUAACGUGAUUGCAGCGGUGCCCGGUGUGUGUGUGUAUGUGUGUGUGUGCGUGUGUGUGUGUUGUGGUUAUUGAGGCCAGUUUCUCUACUCUAAUGCUGUUAACGCACCUGGCUAUAGCUGACAUAAUGGAAAGAUCACAGGAGUCUAAGCCACUUAUCUGUGGCUUUUUGCAGGGGCAGAGAUGUGUGUGUGUGUGUGCGUGUGUGUGUGUGUGUGUGUGUGUGUCUGUACCCAACACCCAGCCAUAUAGCUGCUGGCCAAGUAGGGAAAUAGCACAGGAUGACUUAGGUAAUGUGUACAGCGGUAAAGAACAGAGCAGAAAGUAAAGAGGUAAAGAGCUAGAAGGUAACAACAGAAACAGUUAGAGAGAUUUGUUGUGCUAUUCUCUCCUGAAACCUCAUUUAUCACUCCAAUGGGCUCUAGCUCUUUUCUCUAAACCAAUCAGCAGGCAGCAUGCUGGGGAUAUUGGCUUAUAUCAGAGGUACACAGGUCUGGUCCGCUGCUCCACGGUGGGGGCCAAUCUACAGCCAAUCAGUAACAUCAAGUGGAAAAACUGAAAACCAGCAGGACUGUGGUACUCCAGGGCCCUUCUUUAGUUGCAGACUUUGGCCUAUCAGUAGUUCUGCAGGGUGGAGUGUUGUUGGUUUAGACUGGACUGAACAGGGACAUAUUCACAGGGGGAACCUGAUCCUACUCUGAGAUGCUUUUUAAUACAGGCCCAGGUGGAUGAUUCUGUUGGUUUUAGCUACUGUGAUAAAGUGGUUAACUAAUGGUUAAUACUGUGUGUAUUGCAGCUGCUAUCUGAGAGCCAGAUCAACAUGGUGAAGGUGGUGAACACUGUGAGCGAUGCUCUCAGCUCCAUGCAGAAGGAGACAGGGGGACUGAAGGCUCGGGUCAAGGCUGACCUACAGAGGGCACCGGUCAGAGGGGCUCGUCUCAAAGGCUGUGCCAAUGGUAAGUCUGAUAACUGUCUGUCUGUGUCUGGCUGGCUGGCUGGUUUGCUGGCUAGCUAGGUGGCUGGCUGGCUAUGUGGCCGGCCAGCAGGCUGGCUGGCUAUAUGGCCGGCUGGCUGGCUGUCUGUCUGUCUGGCUGGCUGGCUGGCUGGCUGCCUACCUGGCUGUCUGUCUGCCAUGCAUGCAUAUGUCUAUGUGUGUGUGUCUCUGUGUCGUCAUAUGUGUUUUUCUGUCCCUGUAUACAUAAUGUAUAUCUCUCUUUCUGUGUUAUUCAAUAGUGUACUAUAUCUCUAUCUGCCAGGAACAGAGAUUAAUAUUACCUCAUGACCCUUGGUGCUAGCGUUGAAUCUAUGAGUGUAAAAUAUACAGUACAGUAUGUAAAUAUGUGAGUAGUGAUUGGUGUGUCCAUUGGGAUGUGUUGCUCGGAGUGAGAGCCUGAGAAAGCCUGACGUGUGAUCCCUGAGGGAAGCUUCAGGCGAACCUACAUCAGACCUGAGGGAAGCUUCAGACAAACCUAUAUCAGACCUGCCAGAAGCUUUAGACGAACCUACAUCAGAAGCCUUCCAGUAGAUUCUUCCUUUUGCAGCCAGCCAUGGAAUACACAACGGCUGACACUUACGCAUCACACACACGUGUGUGUGUGUGUGCGUGUGUGCCACAGACCCCAGGUUUUCAUAAAUAUUUCACACAGAUGAGGACCUGCAUAUAUAGAACUAGGAUGAUACAGUAUCCAUUUCAAUCACAGGAGGCUGCUGAGGGAAGGACGGCUCACAAUAAUGGCCAGAACGGAGCGAAUGGAAUGGCAUCAAACACAUGGAAACCAUAUGUUUGAUGUAUUGGAUACCAUUCCACUAAUUCCGCUCCAGCCAUUACCACGAGCCCAUCCUCCCCAAUUAAGGUGCUACCAUCCUCAUUUUCCACAUUUUGUUACGUUACAGCCUUAUUCUAAAAUGGAUUAAAUAAAUAAAAAAUCCUCAUCAAUCUAUACACAAUACCCCAUAAUAACAAAGCCACAGAAAUACCUUAUUUACAUAAGUAUUCAGAACUUUUGCUAUGAGAGGAUCUGCAGAGAUGAAUGGGAGAAACUCCCCAAAUACAGAUGUGCCAAGAUUGUUCCGUCAUACCCAAGAAGACUCGAGGCUGUAAUCGCUGCCAAAGGUGCUUCAACAAUGUACUGAGUAAAGGGUCUGAAUACUUAUGAAAAUGUAUUAUUUCAGUUUUUUAAAUUUGCAAACAUUUCUAAAAUCCUGUUUUUGCUUUGUCAUUAUGGGGUGUUGUGUGUAGAUUGAUGAGGGUAAAAAACAAUUCAAUCCAUUUUAGAAUAAGGCUGUAACGUAACAAAAUGUGGAAAAAGUCAAGGGGUCUGAAUACUUUCUGAAUACUUUCCGAGCCACACAUACUGUAUAUAUACACUGAACUAAAAUAUAAACGCAACAUUUUACUGAGUUACAGAUGAGACAUCUGUUGCAUUGUGUUGUGUGACAAAACUGCACAUUUUAGAGUGGCCUUUUAUCAAAUCAAAUCAAAUGUCAUUUGUCACAUACACGUGUUUAGCAGAUGUUAUUGCGGGUGUAGCUAAAUGCUUGUGCUUCUAGCUCCGACAGUGCAGUAAUAUCUAACAAGUAAUAUCUAACAAUUUCACAACAUAUACCCAAUACACACAAAUCUAAGUAAGGAAUGGAAUUAAGAAUAUUUACAUAUAUGGACGACCAAUGACAGAGCGGCAUGGACUAAGAUACAGUAGAAUAUUAUAGAAUACAGUAUAUACAUAUGAGAUGAGUAAUGCAAGAUAUGUAAACAUUAUUAAAGUGACUAGUGUUCCAUUUCUUAAAGUGGCCAGUGAUUGCUAUUUAUUGUCCCCAGCACAAGUUGCACCUGUGUAAUGAUCAUGCUGUGUAAUCAGCUUCUUCAUAUGCCACACCUGUCAUGUGGAUGGAUUAACUUGGCAAAGGAGAAAUGCUAACUAACAGGGAUGUAAACAAAUUUGUGAGAAAUAAGCUUUUUGUGCGUAUGGAAAAUUUUGGGGAUCUUUUAUUUCAGUUCAUGAAACAUGGGACCAACACUUUACAUGUUCCGUUUAUAUUUUUGUUCAGUAUAGAUUAUCUGUAGAAAAGCAAUUCUGCUACUGAAUCUGAGGUUGAUCGUCAUGACAAAUUGUGCCAUAACUCUAAACAACAAGCUCCAAAAACAACCCAAUUUUGGGAGCAAACAUUUGUCAAAUGUCUGUACACACAGGAGGGGGUGGAGGGGGGCGAGGGGCGAGAGAUUGUUAAGAGAAGAGGGAUCUCUCUAAAGUGUCUUCUCUCCAGAAGUAGUGUUUGGGCCCUGUGGCUGCUUUCUCGCUGCUUUAAAUUCUGGGGUUUGACCCACUGAAAGCUGGCAUGCAUAAUCUAUACAGGGCUCAUCAUCACAGAAUUCCCACGAGCGCAGAGAGGAACCCACACAUAUCCACACCCCUCUGUGGCACAUAUACCCAAACCUACUGAUUCCUCUGUCUCUGUCACACAAAUACUAUACCCAAACCUACUGAUUCCUCUGUCUCUGUCACACAAAUACUAUACCCAAACCUACUGAUUCCUCUGUCUCUGUCACACAAAUACUAUACCCAAACCUACUGAUUCCUCUGUCUCUGUCACCCAAAUACUAUACCCAAACCUACUGAUUCCUCUGUCUCUGUCACACAAAUACUAUACCCCAACAUACUGAUUCCUCUGUCUCUGUCACACAAAUACUAUACCCAAAUCUACUGAUUCCUCUGUCUCUGUCACACAAAUACUAUAUCCAAACCUACUGAUUCCUCUGUCUCUGUCACACAAAUACUAUACCCAAACCUACUGAUUCCUAUGUCUUUGUCACACAAAUACUAUACCCAAACCAACUGAUUCCUCUGUCUCUGUCACACAAAUACUAUACCCAAACCUACUGAUUCCUCUGUCUCUGUCACACAAAUACUAUACCCAAACCUACUGAUUCCUCUGUCUCUGUCACACAAAUACUAUACCCAAACCUACUGAUUCCUCUGUCUCUGUCACACAAAUACUAUACCCAAACCUACUGAUUCCUCUGUCUCUGUCACACAAAUACUAUACCCAAACCUACUGAUUCCUCUGUCUCUGUCACACAAAUACUAUACCCAAAUCUACUGAUUCCUCUGUCUCUGUCACACAAAUACUAUAUCCAAACCUACUGAUUCCUCUGUCUCUGUCACACAAAUACUAUACCCAAACCUACUGAUUCCUCUGUCUCUGUCACACAAAUACUAUACUCAAACCUCCUCCCCCUCUCUCUCCCUCUCCCUCUCUCUCUCUCCUCUCUCACCACCCAAGGAGUCCCCAUUAUCUCCCUUUUCCUCUCUGUCAAGGGAGGGUUAGAUAUGCCCACAGUAUGA